AUGAUAUCAGUUCUACAAUUAAAAAUUAUAUCGACAACGGUAUUGUUUGUAAUGUCAUUACUUGGAGGUAUAGCACCAUAUUGGAUGAAAAACUUAAAGAAUAGCGCAAGAUAUUUAUCAUGGAGUAAUGCAUUUGGUGGAGGUGUUUUCUUUGGGGCAGGUAUGUUACAUCUUUUUGCAACUGCCGAUGAAGAAAUGCAGCCUUAUAUUAAAAAAUUCGAAUAUCCAUUAGCCGCACUUUGUUUAUGUGGUGGGUUCUUAUUCACCUUAUUUUUAGAGUUGUUUAUAAACGCAAUGUUUAUGAAUAGCACAAUAUUUAAUGAAUUACAUGGUCACGGCCAUAGUAGUCACCAUGCACAUGAAAAGGAAAAGCACGGUGUUAAUAUUCAAGAUGAGCAACACCACCAUUCAUAUAUCAAUAACAACAUCAGCAUUGAUAACCAUAGUAAUAAUAAUAAUAAUAAUAAUAAUAGUAAUAGUAUUUUAGUAAAUAAUAUUGAUCAAAAUCACAGAGUUAUAGCAAUUGAGCCAGAUGAGAGACAAAAGCUUUUAGGAUCAAAUGAUAUUAAUCAAAAUUAUGAUGGUGUUAAUGGUGAUUUUAUAGAUAAAGGUGGCAACACUGUAUUACCAGCACAGAUCCAACCAGCACAAAUUAUUAAUAAUGGCAGACAACCAAAAUCACACAACAAAAGUUUAAGCUAUAGAUUUCCACAGGAACCAUCACCACAACAAGAAGAAGAUGAAAUUAUUAUAGAUUAUGAAGAGGAAGAAGUAUUUUCCUUCAUUCCUGAUUCUAAAACUAGGGGCAAUGGGUCAACAGAAAAUGUAAAUAGAAAAAAUAGUUUAAAAAAGAGUCACCAUCACCACUACGAGGAUAACAAUUCAGUCUCAAUAGUCCCUGAAACUAUCAACAACAAACCAGUAAUCUCAAAAGAAGACAAAAUUACUGCAUCAAAAAAAGCUAGAAAUCUAUUAUUACCAUUCCUUUUAGUUAUCGCACUUUCAAUUCACUCUUUGUUUGAAGGUCUAGCAAUGGGUAUUCAAUCAUCUGAAGGACACGUCAUCGAUAUUUUAAUUGCAAUUUUUGCUCACAAAAUUUUAGCUUCCUUUGCAUUAGGCGUUAGCACAAUUACUUCAGCAGAUGAAAAACCAUCAUUUUUAAAAUUAUUUUUAUUGAUUUUAAUAUUUUCAUUAACUUCCCCCCUUGGAUCAGUUAUUGGUAUGGUUGUUAGUAGCGAAGUUGCUGAAUCAUUAGCACCAUCAAUUUUACAAGGUAUUGCAAGUGGUACUUUUCUUUAUGUUGCCGUUGUAGAAGUCAUUCCAAAAGAAUUGGGUCAUGAUAGCGAAGAUGUUUUAAUUAAAUCAAUUUUAUUAUUUUUAGGUUUUGCUUUUAUGGGUGUAGUUGCAAUUUGGGUUUAA